CUAGUGCCCGCAGCGCGCUCACCCUCCCAGGCCACACCUGCGUUCUCACCGGCUGGCAGCCACCUGCGCCCAGCGGUCAGCCACCAGCCCGUGUGCCGCCUCCCGGCCCGCUCGCCAUGAGCGGCGUGCACCCCCUGGUCCUUUUCUCCCUGGCUGCCCUUUGCGGGCUCGGGCACUGCCGCGUGGCCAACGCGGAGGAGAAGCUCAUGGACGACCUCCUGAACAAAACCCGCUACAGCAACCUGAUCCGGCCGGCCAGCAGCUCCGCCCAGCUCAUCUCCAUCCAGCUGCAGCUCUCCCUGGCGCAGCUCAUUAGCGUGAAUGAGAGAGAGCAGAUCAUGACCACCAACAUCUGGCUGAAACAGGAAUGGACCGACAACCGCCUGGCCUGGAACAGCUCCCGCUAUGAGGGCGUGAACAUCCUGCGGAUCCCUGCGAAGCGCAUCUGGCUGCCGGAUAUCGUGCUCUACAACAAUGCCGACGGGACCUAUGAGGUGUCUCUCUACACCAACGUGGUGGUCCGCUCCAACGGCAGCAUCAUGUGGCUGCCCCCGGCCAUCUGCAAGAGCGCCUGCAAGAUUGAGGUGAAGCACUUCCCCUUCGACCAGCAGAACUGCAGCCUCAAGUUCCGCUCCUGGACCUACGACCACACGGAGAUCGACAUGGUGCUCAAGUCGCCCACGGCCAGCAUGGAUGACUUCACCCCCAGCGGCGAGUGGGACAUAGUGGCCCUCCCGGGGCGGAGGACAGUGAACCCGCAGGACCCCAGCUAUGUGGACGUGACGUAUGACUUCAUCAUCAGGCGCAAGCCCCUCUUCUACACCAUCAACGUCAUCAUCCCCUGUGUGCUCAUCACCUCGCUGGCCAUCCUCGUCUUCUACCUGCCGUCCGACUGUGGCGAGAAGAUGACGCUGUGCAUCUCUGUGCUGCUGGCGCUCACCGUCUUCCUGCUGCUCAUCUCCAAGAUCGUGCCACCCACCUCCCUGGAUGUGCCACUCAUCGGCAAGUACCUGAUGUUCACCAUGGUGUUGGUCACCUUCUCUAUCGUCACGAGCGUGUGUGUGCUGAACGUGCACCACCGCUCGCCCAGCACCCACACCAUGGCGCCCUGGGUCAAGCGCUACUUCCUACACCAGCUUCCCGCCUUCCUCUUCAUGAAGCGCCCUGACAGCAACUCCCUAAGGGCCCCCCAGCCCAGCCAGUCUCGCCUGACCCAGUCAGAGGCCACCGCUGCCACCACCUCAGCCACGGGCCCUGCCAGCUCCUCCAACCUCUAUGGGAGCUCCACAUACUUUGUGAAUCCUGCCUCUGCAGCUCCCAAGUCCCCAUCUGGCUCCGACUUGGUGGGGAACUCCAGGGAUUUCCGGAUGAGGCCUUCUGGGAGGUUCCAGCACAACGUGCAGGAGGCCUUAGAAGGCGUCAGCUUCAUCGCCCAGCACAUGAAGAGUGACGAUCAGGACCAGAGCGUCGUGGAGGACUGGAAAUACGUGGCCAUGGUGGUGGACCGGCUGUUCCUGUGGGUGUUCGUGUGCGUGUGCGUGCUGGGGACUGUGGGGCUUUUCCUGCCUCCCCUUUUCCAGACCCACAUGCCCUCGGGGGGGCCCUAG